CUUCACCGGGGGAGACCAGAGCAACAUUCUGCUGAGCACCAGCACGUUUCAGGGACAAAGAUGGAUCCUGGAGGUUCAUGUGUCCCGGACGAUCCAGACGUGAAGCUGAUGAUGGGAGGGUCCACGCUGAGGAAGGUCAAGUCGCGCUCCUGGAAGAAGCAGAGACACUUCUGUCUUCUGGAGGACGGUUCGACGAUCUGGUACAAGUCCAGAUGGGCGGGGAAAGGCCACUCCACCUUUUCAGUGACAGAUCUGGAAGCCGUACGUGAGGGACAUCAGUCUGAAGUCCUGCUGAGCCUCGCCGAGGAGUUUCCCGCUGAGCUCUGCUUCACCUUAGUCUUUCACGGUCGCCAAGGCAACCUGGACCUCGUGGCUGAGUCCCCGGAGGAGGCCCAGGCCUGGAUCAAGGGAAUCCGGAAGCUGAUUCACAAAGCCCAAACCAUGGAUGAGCAGGAGAGACUGGACCAAUGGGUCCGGGACUGGUUUCAGAAAGCUGACAAGAACAAAGACGGUAAGAUGACUUUCAAAGAAGUGAAGACGCUGCUGAAGAUGAUGAACGUAGACAUGAAUGAAGAACAUGCUCUUCAUCUCUUCACAAUGGCAGACAGGUCAGAAAGUGGCUCUUUGGAAAUCGAGCAGUUCGUUCACUUCUAUAAGAUCCUGACUCAGAGGGACGAGGUGUGGAAGGUGUUUCAGGACUACUCUGGAGAUGGAGAGAUGCUAACGUUGGAGGAGCUGGAAAGUUUCCUUACGGUGGAGCAGCAGGAAGGGGAACAGAGCUCCCGUCAUGCUCAAGAGCUGAUUCAGCAAUACGAACCAUCAGAAACAGCCAAGAAGCAAAGUGCCAUGUCCCUGGAAGGGUUCCAGAUGUACCUGUGCUCCCAGGAUGGCUCCAUCUUCAAACCUGAGCACCUGGAGCUCCAUCAGGACAUGAGUCAGCCGCUCAGCCACUACUUUAUCUCCUCCUCACACAACACCUACCUCCUGGAGGACCAGCUACGAGGACAAAGCAGCCUGGAGGCCUACAUCCAGGCCCUGAAAAGAGGCUGUCGCUGUGUGGAGGUGGACUGUUGGGAUGGCGGCGACGGGGAACCCGUCGUCUAUCACGGCCACACUUUCACUUCGAAAAUCCUCUUCAGAGACGUGAUUUCAACACUCAGAGACUACGCGUUCAAGGUAUCAGACUUCCCUGUCAUUGUGUCUCUGGAGAAUCACUGUGGAGUGGAGCAGCAGACGGUCAUGGCCAACCAUCUUAAACAAAUAUUAGGAGACCUGCUGCUGACGGCUCCUCUGGAUGGACAGAUCCCUCAACAGCUCCCAUCGCCACAGGAGCUGAGGGGAAAGAUUCUUCUAAAAGCCAAGAAAAUUGGUGGGCUGGAGGAGUGUCUUGAUGAAACCCUGGCGGACGACGUCAGUGACGAGGAAGAGGCGGCUGACGGUGAUGCCGACAGCCCAAACACAGAAGAGCCACCAGCUGUAAAGAACGAUGAGAAGUCCAACGUGUCUAGAGAGCUGUCCGACUUAGUAGUCUACUGCAAAAGCGUGCACUUUCAUGGCUUUGAGCACGCUCGUUCCAAUGCUAAAUGCUACGAGAUGUCUUCUUUCUCUGAAUCCAAAGUAAAAAAGCUCGCCAAAGACGCAGGGUCAGAGUUUGUGCAGUACAACACCCGGCAGCUGAGCAGGACCUACCCCAGCGGUCUGAGGACAGACUCCUCCAACUACAACCCACAGGACAUGUGGAACAUGGGCUGCCAGAUAGUGGCUCUAAACUUCCAGACGGCUGGCCUUGAAAUGGACCUGAACGACGGGCUCUUCAGGCAGAAUGGCUGCUGCGGUUACGUCCUAAAACCAGACUUCCUGAGGGACGCCGACAGCCAGUUCAGCCCCGAAAACCCAGAGGAGCAGCGAGGCUACAAACCACUGCGCUUAUCUAUACAGGUGAUUAGUGGGCAGCAGCUGCCAAAGGUGAAUCAGAAAGAAAGAUCUAUUGCAGACCCGCUGGUCCGAGUGGAGAUCUAUGGAGUACCACAGGACCAGGCCAAGGACGAGACCAGUUACAUCAUCAACAACGGUUUUAACCCAGUUUGGAAUGAAACUCUGAAUUUUAAUGUCCACACGCCUGAGCUGGCACUGGUUCGCUUUGUGGUGGAAGACUACGACAAGGCAUCAAGGAACGACUUCCUUGGACAAUUUACGCUCCCCUUUACGUGCAUCCAAGCAGGAUACCGCCACAUCCACCUGCUGUCUAAAGAUGGAACGCCCAUUCCGCCCUCUUCACUCUUCGUUAACAUCAGUAUUUCAGAGCUCACAUGAAGAGGUCCCG